AUGGUCAUGCUUCUCGACCUCCCAGAGGAGGCUCUUUGCCUCAUUGCGGAAGAACUGCCUUUCCAGGGUGACCGCUGUUCCCUGAUUCGAUCAUGUCGUCGACUGUACACAGUUCUGCUACCAGCGCUCUACUCUCGGGUUAUUCUUGGUAAUUGUACCCAUCAUACUAUUGGCCAAGCCAGUCGACUUGUCAAUGCAAUUGCGCGACGUCCGCAGCUGGCAAAUGCAGUACGAUCUAUACGGCUAGGGUACUGGGACACUGAGGACGCCAAUGAAGAAGUCGACGUUGAUUAUGAAUAUGAUAGGGAACUCCUUGACGGAUUUGUCGCUGGUACCUGUUGGUCUAAGCAACCGCAUGAACAACUGCGUCUCGGAAACACCGACGCUUGGUUGGCUUUGCUCCUUCCCCAGCUGAAAGGCUUGAGACGAAUCAGCAUAUGCUACCCGGAUAUGUCAGAAUAUGUUACGGGGAUGUUCGUGAAGGCUGCACGAGAGGAUACCACGGCAUUUUCUCGCCUCGUUGAAGCUUUCGGGGAAUGGUAUGAUACGGAAAAUUCCAUCCAUGCAAGCCUCAUGGAUCCGUUCUUCAAAUUCCCCGCCAUGCGCAGGGUUGGAGGACACGCUAUCGUCGACAACGCUCGCGAAGAGGAAGAAACCCGCAUUAUUCCCUUCUCAGACGUCACCGAUAUUGAUCUCGACAUGACCAACACUGAGUGUGGCUUCCGUGUCUGGAUUGAAUCUUGCAAGGCUCUCAAGACGUUUCGCUUGAAUAUUGGCGGAGGAAUGAUCUCCGAUGGGCCUGAGAUUGUAUCGGCUCCCCUUCAAGAAUCUAUCUCCCUUCACAAGACAACACUUGAAGGCUUUUGGCUCUGUGGCGAAUCAUACGAACCCCCAGAAGACGAUGAGGGAUGGAUGGGAUCGUUUGCCGAUUUCAACAUGUUGAAAUAUCUACAUAUUUCUAUAUCAAUGCUUGCUAAGCUUGAUGAGGACUUUGAGCCCACGCAAGAACUCAUGGCGAUUUUGCCGCCGUCCCUUGAGACUUUGUAUCUGUGCCACUGCCACAACGAGCUACUCGGGUGGGCCGUCGAUCAAAUCGACCGCUUGAUAGAGUCAAAUUGUCUGCCACGCCUUACUUCCUUGGGGCUUGAAGGUUACGGUCCUUCAGAGGUUCAGCAGAGUUCCCUGGAGACUAUGCGCAAACUGGAGGAACUGCACAAAAAAUGUGCAGACGCUGGUGUAUUCUUUGCUACCUCUAUUGGAAGUCAUAGAGUGGUUCCGAGUCAUUUUGUAUCGCUUUGGCCUUGUGCCUAUGAUUGCUGA